UAUUGUAUUUCAGCCUUAAAACUUUUGUUACAAUAACCGAUUCAAUUUGAAUUAAAUUCGACGCUAGGAACGGUUGAAUGGUGAUAUUUUAUUGUAUAUUUAAAUAUGGCUUUACGUCGACGUCGAAGAGAUGAUUUCACCAAUUCUUUGAAUAAUUUUCAAUCACAUAAUUCAUUAAAACCAAUCGUUGGAAAAAAACGUGUCAAUAAUUUAUCCAAUGAUAAAGAUAUUGGGAAUAAUGUAUUUGCGAUAGAAAACGAAAUGGAAGAUUAUUCACUAAUAUCCCAGAAUAAAAUAAGUGAUGAAUCGUAUAAAAAAUUUGAUAACAUAUUGUUCGUACUGGAUAGUAAAUUGAAUCCAACGGAAGCCAAUUUAACGAAGCAAGAAAUUUAUAAGCGUCUUUCUGAAAAAUAUGUUACUUCGCCACAAAAAUUUACUGAAAGAUUAAUAACCAUCAUCGAAGAGUCCAUUAUAAACAAUACUAUUAAUGCGAGCAAUAACUCUCUCAUUAAUUUUAAUCAAAUAAGUAAAGAGUUGAAUAAAAUGUGUAAUAAUAUAGAGAACGAAUCAAUGCCAGAAAAAUUGCUAUCAUCGACAAUAAAUAUAUCACCAAAUAGAGAAAUAUCAAAAAUUGCAAAUUCUAAUGAUUCCAUUAAAUCCAUACAAAUUACAAAUGAUAAUUAUUGCACAGAUGUAAAAACAUUAUCAUCCAUAAAUUCGAAUUCUUGUAAAAUGAGAACACCAAGUCCAAUUAAAACUGGCAAAAAAGUCUAUCGUAAAACACCAAUAAAUGUUUUUAAAACGCAAAACAAAAGAUUACGUGAUGUAUCACUUCUACCAUCUAUUUCAACUGAUUCAUCAUUUGAGUAUUUAGAAGCUCAAUGUGAAAGAUUAUUUCCUAAUGAAAAAAAGAAUCCAAUAUCUGUAUCUACCGUACAAGAUAAUAACAGUUUCUUAACUAUGGAUCGCGUUUUUACUAUUUGCGAACAACAAAUGGCUUCGUUAAACAGUACAGAUGAUAUAAAAAUUCGAAAGAAAAAUAAAAAUUCAAUUGAAGAACUGAAACGUAGUUCGAAGGAUUCGGGCUGUUCUCAUUUAUAUUCAAUACCAGAGAGUUCUGUUUACAAGGAUGAAGAUAAAAAUAAGAAAUUGAAAAAAGUAACUCAUAAAAGAUGUAAAAGAGAAUUAGAUUCUGAAUAUCUGAAUUCUGCGGAUGAUCUAAAUAAAUCACUUUUAUCAGAAAUUGUCAUAAAACGGCGUAGAUGCCUUGAUACGGCAAAGAAAAUGAUGGAAAUUAAUUCAGAAUGUAAUACAAUGAAAGGAGAAAAGAAAUCAAAAGCAUAUUGUAAAUCGAUAGUAGAUAUUAAUUCAAAUAAACCAAAAGAUAAUGAUAAACAUUUUAUGAAGAUAUUAAUGUCCUGCGAAGAUUAUCAUAAUUAUUUGGACGAUCAAUUAACGAUAUUAGAUGCAUCUUCAAUUAAUUCUACGUUUGAUUCGACUAUAAAUGAACUUAAUAAAAAUAAUAAAAUUAAUAAAAAUAAUAUUAAUGUAAUAACAAGUACAAAGAAAGCAUUUACAAGAUCCAAUCCAUCUAUCUCGUAUAAUGAAAAUUAUGAAAAAGUUUUAGCAAGAUGGAAUAUUCGUGAAAAUAUUGAAAAAAUAUCUGAAACAGUUUUGAAGAAUAAUAAUAAUUCUCACUUUUUUACUACACCUGGGAAAAUGUUGACAAAAGAAAAACACAAGCGAAAAAUGUAUUUCUCAGAUUCAUAUAUCACAAAAAAACAAAUAUCACCAUUGAAAACUUCGACGAAUCGUAAUUCAAAUUAUAAUACUAAAUUAUCAUUGGGACGUAUAUAUAAAAAUGAAAAUCUCAAGUCCAAAAGAGGAUCUCUAAGAAAAUUGUCCAAACAAAAUGUCACAUCUAUAAGUAAAAAUAAAGAGAAUAAAAAGUGAAUUAAUAAUAUGAUAGAUUUCAAAGUAACUAAUAUAAAUCUGUAUAUGUUAAUUCAUUUUUUUUUUCUUUUUCAAUAAACUUGAUUUCUCAAAUAACGUUGAUUGUCAGCUCAACAAAAGAUAUUAUAUCCGAUAAUUAUACUGCAGAAUUAUACUUUCUAAUAAUGAACAUAAUAAAAGGUGUAUAAUUGAGUUUA